AUGUUUUCAUGCGAGCUGAGUCUGGAGGCACUUGCUACUGGAUCAGGAGUCUGGCGACUGAACACUUCGAUUUUACACGAUAAGGACUACACCAAGCAACUGGCCGCCGAGAUCAAGGAGGACAUACUCAGAAUGCGGAACCUUGAACCGCAGGAUGCGUGGGACCACCUUAAGGCGUCCUUGAUGGAGAAACUCAAGCAGGCGACGAGAGAGAAGUCCAAGAAGAAGCAGGAUAUCUCGAUCAAGCUUCAACGGGACCGGGAACAGGCCCUACGGCGCCUCAAUUGGCAACGCGGUGCACCCACCCCGAACCCGGAGAAGGUCCGCAAGCUGGAGGAAGAAUGGCACGGCACUGAGCGGAGACUCGACAAACUACAGAAGGCCUCGAUGAACGCAUGGGCGGUCAGAACUCAACUCAAAUGGCGAGAACUCGGCGAACGGUUGCAACUUUAG